GAAGACGCCAUCUCUGAGCUUAGCAUAUUCGAUGCUCACAAAUACUUCAACGAUGAUGGUAGCAGCAACAACACCAAUAACAUUCAAAAGGUUAACAUGAGCAGAGUCUCUCCCAUGGAGCGAAUUCCAGAGAGAGGUGAUGUCAUCGCCACAGAAACCACCAGAUACUCCUCUGCUUCAUCAUCUGUGGACGGCUACGCCCACAUCAGAAACUACAGAGCACGCUCAUUCCACGCGGCAACUCCAACGGCUUCCUCAGAAGCCAGAUGGAACAGCCAAACGGGGCUGAUGUCUCACCCUCCAGGUGCAAUCCCUGUCUCAAUGCAAAACCCUAAAAGCCUUCGAAACCCCAAACACUCCAAAUCCAUUUGGCUCCUUAGGAGAAAAUGUCCUUGCACGGGGAAAAAAUCAGUUCAAAUCAAAGAAUCAGCUCAAGAAUCCAAAUCUCAGAUAUCACAACAAGAAAGAAAUUACGAACAUCACAACGUUACUAAUCACAUCACACCAAAUAAGUGGAUUCUGAAUGAAACACCAGCAUCGCUACCGGUACCGGUAACAGCAACAAUUGCGGCAGCGAAAUCGCAACGGUUUCACAAUUCCAACUCUCAUAGAGUUACGAGCUCAGUGAGAGUACCGUUCACCGAGGGAUUCACUUUCCCCGUGCUAAACCCUAACAAUCCAAUAACAAAACUAAAAGUCGCAAACAANCAUUCCACGCGGCAACUCCAACGGCUUCCUCAGAAGCCAGUUGGAACAGCCAAACGGGGCUGUUGUCUCACCCUCCAGGUGCAAUCCCUGUCUCAAUGCAAAACCCUAAAAGCCUUCGAAACCCCAAACACUCCAAAUCCAUUUGGCUCCUUAGGAGAAAAUGUCCUUGCACGGGGAAAAAAUUAG